AUGCUGACCAGCACGGUCCUCAGCUUGCUGUCGCUAGCAACCUGCCCUGCCAUCGCGGAAGAGAAGACAGAGUCUGGCUGCGAUGCACUGAAGCAUGUCUUUCCCGACAAGACCUUUUACCCCAAGGACGCAGUCUAUGAGUAUGAGUCGCAGAAGUUCUGGUCCAACAAUGAGCUUCUAGACCCAGCUUGUGUUUUCCGUCCCACCAGCGCAAAGCAUGUUGCUGAAGCAGUCAAGCUGAUGGGUACCGGUCAUACAUCCUUUGGUUUACGCGGAGGUGGACACAUGGCCAUCGCAGGCGCCAACAAUAUUGAUGGAGGCCCGCUCUUCGUUAUGUCCAAUUUGACAACCCUCGAAUUGACCAAAGACAAGAAGUCGGUCUGGGUUGGACCUGGCUUGGAUUGGGGCCAGGUUUAUCGUUAUCUAGGCGAGCACAAGCUUGCAGUCGCAGGUGGUCGUCUCUCUCCAGUCGGAGUACCUGGUCUGCUUCUCGCAGGAGGUAUCAAUUUCCAGGGGAACCAGCGAGGAUGGGCUGCGGAUAAUGCACUCGAGUAUGAGCUCGUGGUGUCCAGCGGCAAGGUCAUAUCAGUCACUUCAAAGUCUCAUCCGGAUCUGUUCUGGGCACUGAAGGGCGGAUCUAAUAAUUUUGGCAUCGUUACCAAGUUCAAACUGGCCACUUUCCCAUCGGAUCAGAUUUACGCUGGUAUAUAUAGUGUCACUGAUAUACCUGGAUUCUUGAAGGCUGUUGCAAAUUUCUCGGCCUUCAAUACUGACCCUCUUGCACAUAUUGUUCCUCAAGUUAUUGCAGUUGAUGAGGAGACCACUAUUGGUGGUGCAAUUCUCUUCUACGACAGCGACUCAGACCCGGAGCCGGAGUGCUUCAGGCCAUUUUUCGACCUUCCAGCUAUUUCCAACACGUUCGAGAAAAAGACUCUGGCUCAGUUCUCAGAUGAGACUGGCCAACUCGUCACACCGAAGAUCAACAACCAGUUCAUCGCCGGUACCACUACGGGUAAAACAUACGAGGAGCUACUCAAAGGCGUGCAAAUUGUGAACGAUGGCUUCCUCAACGCUCUUCCCGACUUGUACAAGACUCUGCCCGCUGAGGACCGCAUACUCAUCUCUGUUGACUGGCAGCCCAUCGGCUCUCUCUGGACAAAAGCUUCUAAGAAGUACAACCCGGGAGGUAAUGCUCUAGGUUUGGACGUUGAGAAGAAGGGCACGUACAUUGCUUGGGCAGAGGUUGUUGAGUGGAGUGGCGAUGAGCACAACGAAGCUGUGUUCAAGUGGAUGGAGGACACGACUUGGGCAAUUGCUAAUGCUACCCAGAAGGCUGGUCUGUAUGAUCCUUUCACUUACAUGGGAGAUGCCGCCGGGUUUCAGAAUGUUUAUGAUGGCUAUGGGGAGGAGAAUAAACAGAAGCUGCUUCAGAUCUCUCGCAAGUAUGAUCCUUCUCGGAUCUUCCAGAAGUACUGGCCAGGUGGCUUCAAGAUUGGACUCUAG